AAAUAACUUCAAUUGAUACCCACAAGUUUCAUUCGCUCCACACAUAAUUCAGCCAACUCAUUUCUGCAACGCUUUCACUUUCUGCAAAAUUUCCAAGUCUUUCGCUGCUUGCGCGUGUUCACUUAUCAUCCUCACUUUCGGGGUUGGAUAUUUUUGCCCCUUGGCUUGGCUCUGCAAGGUAGGGAUAGUCAAAUCAAGAGUUCAAAAUUUAGCUCAAAUAUCCUCAAAUAUCAAGCUAGGUAUCGAUAAGUGAAGCAAUGGCUUAAUAAUGAGCUUCUUCCCGUGGUGUUUUAUAGCUUGGUGAGCAUUAUCAAUAUGACAGGGUCACUAGCUUACUGCCGAAGCUUCAAGGGCUAUGAUAGUACCAAGCAGAAGAGUCCAACUUGGGCAUACAAUCAUGCUAUUUCGCCAAUUUGUAGAAAUUCUGUUUUCAUGAUGUAUUCAGAUAACAAACCAGGGCCACCACUAUUAUCCAACCGAGUUAAUCACAGGAUAACUUAUAGAAUUUCUGUGUCAGAAAAUUGUUUUGAGAACACAAAUUCCUUUCCUUCCUCAUUCUCUUGUUGGAAAGGGUUCUACUUCUCUAGGUACCGGCCAGUCCAUUGGGAGCGGUUGCGAACCAAUGUGGCAUAUGAUGUUGCUGGCGCUAUUGAAGUCAUCAAUGAUCUAGGAUUGGAUACCCUUACAUUCUUGGCUGUGACUGUCUUAAUUGUACCCACAUUCAAAUUAAUUAGAGCUAGUCCUAUUCUUGGCUUCUUCUUUGCUGGAGUUGUACUCAAUCAGUUUGGUUUAAUUAGAAACCUAACAGAUGUUAAAGUUUUGUCUGAAUGGGGCAUCCUUUUCUUGCUGUUUGAGAUGGGUUUAGAGCUUUCACUUGGACGUCUGAAAGCUCUUGCUAAAUAUGCCUUUGGAAUGGGAUUGGCUCAGGUUGCAUUAUCUACUCUAGCAUUCACUGCUUUUGAACUUCCACCAAAUGGAGCUAUUGGUACAAAAAUUUUGGAGUUCCUUUUCCACUCAAGGCCUGAUCUGGUGAACAUCAGGAGCGUUGAUGAAGCUGUAGUGAUUGGUGCUGCUCUCUCUCUCUCAUCUUCUGCAUUUGUUCUGCAGCUUCUUGCAGAGAAAGGUGAACUUCCUACAAGAUUUGGUUCAGCAACUCUUGGGAUACUUCUUAUGCAGGACAUAGCUGUUGUCCCACUCUUGGUCAUUCUUCCUAUACUAGAGAGCCAGAAUUUGGCUGAGGAAAGUAUUUGGCCAAUGCUUGCUCAAGAAAGUUUAAAGGCUUUGGGUGGAUUGGGUUUAUUGUCCCUUGGGGGAAAGUAUAUUCUUAGAAGGGUUUUUGAGGUUGUUGCAGAUUCAAGGAGCUCAGAGGCUUUUGUUGCUCUAUGCUUGCUUACCAUUGCUGGGACUUCACUUGUGACACAGAAAUUGGGAUUUAAUGAUACGCUUGGAGCAUUUUUGGCUGGGGCGCUCUUAGCAGAGACAAACUUUAGAACACAGAUUGAAGCUGAUAUAAGACCAUUCAGAGGCUUACUUCUUGGGUUAUUUUUUCUAACUACAGGGACCUCCAUAGAUAUGCAGCUGCUUUUCCGAGAGUGGCCAAAUGUACUUUCACUCUUGGCGGGUUUGAUUGCCAUCAAGACGUUGAUAAUAACAGCAAUAGGUCCUCGUGUGGGGCUUACAUUGCAAGAAAGUGUAAGAAUAGGAUUGCUACUAUCCCAAGGGGGUGAGUUUGGAUUUGUUGUUUUCUCUUUAGCAAAUGGCCUUGGGGUACUGCCGCUUGAGCUCAACAAGCUUCUCAUUAUUGUUGUUGUAUUGUCAAUGGCAUUAACCCCUUUUCUUAAUGAGGCUGGAAGAAGAGCUGCUGAAUUUAUUGAUGCCAAGUUUGAUACUGAAAUGUAUGUUAAAGCUCCUGCGGAGAUUAAUUUCAAUGCUAGCGAACCUGUUGUAAUCCUUGGAUUUGGGCAAACGGGUCAGGUCCUUGCCAAUUUCCUGUCCAUGCCAUUAGCUUCAGGAGGAGAUAGUGACACAGAAGGAUGGCCUUAUGUGGCUUUUGAUCUUGACCCAACAGUGGUAAAGGCGGCCAGAAAACUUGGUUUCCCCACUCUCUAUGGGGACGGCUCACGUCCAGCUGUUCUUCAAUCUGCUGGCAUCUCUUCACCAAAGGCUAUCAUGGUGAUGUACACUGGGAAGAAGAGGGCAAUUGAAGCUGUUCAGCAGCUUCGAUAUACUUUCCCAUCAAUCCCAAUCUAUGCCAGAGCUCAAGAUCUCAAGCAUCUCUUAGAUCUGAAGCAAUCAGGUGCAACAGAUGCCAUUUUGGAAAAUGCUGAGAUAAGCUUACAGCUAGGUUCUAAGCUUUUGAGAGGCCUAGGAAUGAUGUCUGAUGAUGUAGCAUUUCUAAGUCAGCUCAUUCGAGAUUCCAUGGAGCUACAAGCUCAAGAAGCACUCAACCACUCUGAAUAUCGUGAAUUAGAUAUACUAAAACCGCUGCAGGUGAGAGUGGCUGACAUGAGGGAUCACGAACCCACAUCAACAACUUCCCCAGAUUAUGAAUUUUCAGAAUCGAACCAGACUAAUCAUGCUGUGAUGUCUAGAAAUCAGAUGGAAAUAGACUCUGAAGAAGGGGAUUAUGAACUCAAUCAAUCAAUGACUUCAGAAGGAAAUGGCGUUUUGUAUGGCAAACAAGGCACUGAAGACAGCAUGAUGGAUAGGCCAGAAGAUCCAGGAGAGAAGAAUCUAAUGGAUCUAUCAACACCUUGCCAUACAGCCAUUGAGGAACCCUAAUGCUUCUAGGGCUUCUUCCUCCUUGUAAUUUUACUUCUCUAACCCAGUAGCUUUGUCUUAAAUUCUUUUUGUCAGAGUCUGACAUUAUAUGUAUAGGAAGCUUGAGAGUUCUAGGGAGCUUGUUGAACAGGAUCUUUAGAGCCCUUCAAUUUCAAUUCUUUAAAAGCCACAUAAUGUAUAGUUAUAUAACAUGAUGAAAUUAAUUACUUCUGAUUA